CCACGACAGAGGCGGAGUUUUCUCUUUUUAGGAGGGUCAAAGUUUUAUCCAAACAAAUGGAGGAGAGUUUCUUCAGAAGAAGACUGUCAACAUCUUGAACCUUUUCUUAAAGACUUUCGAUCGAAACCUGAGCCAAAAAACUAACAUCCGGCGGAAAGAGCUUCGUAGCUGUUACUAGGCGAUCGGGCGAUUUGGAUCGACCAUGGUCCGUUUUUUGAAGUUUUUCACGGCGGUGGGUGACAACCACCCGGCCGCUUCACAGUGGCAUGAUGAAGAACUACACAAAGUCAGCGAACACGUGGAGCCUGCAAAACUAACACCCACAAAUCUGACGUUCAGAGAUAGGCUGAGAGGUCUCUUCGGCUCCGAGAGAUUUCAGAUAGUCGUUGUGACCUUGGUGAUCUUGGAUGCCCUAUUUGUGCUGUGUGAGCUGCUCUUAGACCUGUCUAUAAUCGAAGCCGAUGAGCAUCACAUCGCUCCACAGGUGUUUCACUACCUCAGCUUGGCGCUGCUCACCUUCUUCAUGGUGGAGCUGGGCUUUAAGCUGUACGCUUUUCAGUUGGAGUUUUUCCACCACAAGUUCGAGGUGUUUGAUGGGAUUGUUGUGAUCGUGUCUUUCAUCCUGGAUAUCGUGUACAUCUCCAAAGAAAAUGCCUUUGAUGGUAUGGGCCUGAUCAUCCUGCUCAGGCUGUGGAGAGUGGCCAGGAUCAUUAAUGGUAUUCUGUUGUCAGUGAAGAGUCAAGCUAAUCACAGGGUGCACAAGCUGAAAGAGGAAAACGAUCGUCUCCACCAUCAAAUCAGCGAGCUGCAAGAGCACAAAACCGCACUGGAGCAGGAGGUCAACAAGAUGAGAACGCUCUUAACAAAGCACUCCAUCCAGUACUGAUCACCAUUACCAGCUGUACACAAUACUCGUACAACCUUCAUUAUAAAUGUGAGCCAAUGAAUGGAAAUAUACUCAACGAAUAAUCUAUAGGUCAAGAGGUCUAGGUUCGUAUUUAAUGCCAGCGCUUCAAGCCAGAAUCAAGCGUGCGUAAUUUUUUGCUGGUCUGCCAUUGCAGCUUUCUGAACAACGAGGCGGUGAGGGAGUGUUUUUCGAGAUGGAACGUGCUAAGAAUAAAUUAUUAGAUAACUGUUACUCGAUAAGAUUCACAAUAACGUUACAAAAAUCUAAUUGUAAUGUCCUCCGAGUAGGAAAAAUGUACUUCUCCUCAAUCCAGAGGUCAGCGUGUGACAUCAAAUCAACGUCAAUCAAUAGUAAACAAGUAGCCCCUUGAGAUAUGUUGUGUAAAUUAGUAUUUACUUAAGAUCUAUAACUCUCUAUAAUUUGUUGUAGAAGCUGUUAGAAAACAGCUGUACUCGUACAACACAGGCAGUCCUGGUCAUUUCAACGUGGUCAGUGUCCAUGACCACGUUGAAAUGCAUCAUGAAUAUCGCAUUAUAACUGCACAUGGGAUUAUUUAAGAAUGGAAUCAACUGCGAGCUUGUUCAUUAGCUUUUUUAUGACGCCAUUUGAAUUCAGCUAUUUUCUUGUCCAAAGUCUUUAUUCCAAAUUGCCGUAUGCACACUAAUAUAUUUCUGAGAAGUAAAUUGUUAAGCUUCUGUUCUAGAAUGCUGUGAAAGAAUAUACUUUACCCAAUAAUUUAUCAAGGAAUCAAGAUUUUUUUAAAUUUGAUUUUAUUUUAAUUACAAAUCAUUUGCAUCCAGAAUAAACUAUUACAAAAAUGUGA